AUGAAUGUAUCGUGCGCGAUAUGUAGAGAGUUAUUGACACCAUUUGACGAUAUUUGUUGUACAUUAUGUGGGCACAUAUUCCAUUAUGCGUGCUUGCAGUCGUGGCUUAAAAGGUCAAAGACUUGUCCACAAUGUCGGGUAAAAACUACUAAUCAGAGAUUAAAGAGAAUAUAUCUCAACUUUUCAAAUGAUGACAACGUCGUAAAAGAUUCUGUAUCCCUGCAGAACGAAGUUGACAUCUUGAACGUCCAGCUAAAACUAAGAAAUCACGAGCUUAAUGAACUUACAAAGGACAAUGUUAAAUCGAGGAAUGAAAUAGCUCACUUAAAACAGAAAAUUUUUGAAGUUGAACAUAAAAUAAGUAGCACAAAUAAAAUAAUUCUUAUACAGAAAGGACAGAUUAAAUGUUAUGAACUACUAUGUUCAAACAUAAAGGAAGAGAAUGAAAAGUUGAAAGAAAAAAUCAAAUAUUUCCAAAAGGAACUUGGCAGCAUACAUGAGUUGGGGGAAAAAUAUAGAAAUGAACAGCAAAAAGAUAUGCAUGUUUCCAAAAAAAAACAAUGUUUAGUACAGGAAUGUGACAAACAAAAUGAAUUGAAAAAACAUUCUACAGAAUUGAAAAAAAAAUUAAAACGCUGUGAAAUUGAAAACAUUACUUCAAAAACUCAAUUAUUGCACGUGCAGACAAACGGACAAAAACGCGCCUAUAAUCAAAUAUCCGGGAAGCAAAAGAGUGACAAGCAAAAGAGUUUAAAAACGCAUAAGGAACCUUAUACUGUAAACUCUGAUAUGUCAAUGAAUAAAUUUAUGGAUACAAAGAAUAUACCACGGUAUCAUACACGGAGUAAAUCGCAUUUAUUUAAGUUAGAGGACCAUGGUAUGCAGAGAUUGAAAUCUAAUAAUAAUUUAGGAAAACCUCCGACACUUGUAAAAAAAUAAAAAAAUUUAACUA